CCUUGACCUGGCUCAAAAGCAAGCUCAAGUUAGCCACCAUCCAAUACGGACGCCAAAUUUGUUCAUUCCACAUAUCCUCUACAAACAGCCAUAACCCAGGAUUUGAGUAUUGCAAAAGACCUUGGUAAAAUUGACAAGCAGAAUAUGCUAGGUCCCACUUCAAUGAAUCAAGGUUACCAACUUCAAGAGCUGAAAUAUGGUUCCAAAUGGACAAUUGCAAAUCUUGUAUGUCUCGUCUCCUACUUUCGUAGUGACAUUUCCUCGUCCCCACCAAGCACCAACGAGAUAUAUCGCUGAUAAUGCUCUUGCUACAGGCCGAAUUUGCUCCAUGGAGGGGUCACACGAGCUCUUAUACAACCUUUACCAGAGGUCAUUGAUUUUCAUGAAUUCGCCUCUAUCAUCAACACCAAUGCCCAUGUAGCGGCACAACGACAAGAUGCCUCCAAUGCGAGCGUGCCGUUCUUCAGCCCACCAUCUCCGCUCCCACAUUGAACCGACGAACCAUUGCCACAAUCGUUGUUGCGAUAACCACAUACCGUUCUUACCCACUGCAUUCUAUGCUCGAUCUGUUUUGAUUCAUCGCUCACCUCACGAGACCCGUUCUUCCCCAAUGAUUUGCCGCCCCAAUAUUACGGACGACGGCAUCGACUUCAGAUCCCGACCUUCGGAUAUCGUGAUUCGUCAAGAAAGUGGUCGGGAUUUCACGUCAAGAUAUGCUCUUCGCCUAUAUCGUGACCCCUUGCUUGUUGGAAGGGGGGGAUAAAAGGAUUGAGUGUAGAUAUAUUUGGAACGAUCAAUACUAGACAGGAAGGCAGAAGGAAUGCUGAAAGGAGCACCCGAAGAUCAUGUCAUUGUAAAUACUUCAGGAGAAAAUAGAC